AAAACCCAAGAAAAAAGAAACACAAAACAACUAAAGAUAGUGACGGAGCUCUGCCGAAUAGUUUCGUAAAUAAUUCCCACAAAAAUAAACUGCUUAAUGGAACCAACUGAUUUAGUGCCGCUGAAUUUUCGUUGAUAUUUAACACACAAAAGAGUACCAUCCACGAAUAGAACUCCCCCCACAUACCGGCAUCGGUUCGAGAAAUACGUUUAAAAAUCCAAAAUCCAAACAGUUUCUGAUUGAACUUGGAAUCCAUUCGGAUUUAUAGUAUUUUCUGUGAAAUAUUGUUGCAUUUUUUUCAAGUGCUUCCGCUUUGCGAGUGUUUAAUCAUUGUCAACAGUUUGCCAUGAAGACCUGAGAACUGAACCGUGAGAUCCCAAGAUCCUCUCUCCUGUCGGAGUGACAGCCUCAUAACCCCUUACCCCUGCCACAAAGCGAUAACCAAGAACAAAUGUUGGCUCGUGCAACGGCUUUGGGCCUGUUCCUGCAGAGCAUUUGGCUGGGCAUCGGUGGCAGCGCCAGCCUCGAUGGACACGGCCAAGUGGUGGGCCACCACCAGAUGCACCACCACUCGAGUGGAUUACAAUGUCAGCGAAUAGCCGUGUCGGCGUGCCAGGGCCUAGGCUACAAUAUGACCGCACUGCCCAAUCUGGCUGGCCACACCAAUCAGCUGGAGGCUGAGCUGCAGAUUGCCAAGCUGAUGCCUUUGAUCGAGUCGGGGUGCUCGCGGCGGGCGCGCUUUCUCCUCUGCUCGGCGCUGUUUCCGCUCUGCACGCCGGAUGUGCCACGGCCCGUGACCGCCUGCAAGUCCCUCUGCGAGACGGUGAAGGGGGAGUGCGCCGCCAAUGCCGGCUCGGAGCUAAUGCAGCUGUGGCCAUCUUUCCUCAGCUGCGAGAGUCUGCCGCAGCCGGAGAAGCACGAGCUGUGCAUGCAGAUACCCCAGGAGGGCGCUCAUGCGGCGCCAACGUCCAGUCCGGCCGCCUCGGAGGUGGCACCCGCCCAGGAUCCCCCACUGCAACAGCAGCAGCAGCAGCUGCCACAACAGCUGCAACAUCCGCAACAGCAGCAGCACAUGUCCCGCUUUUGGAUGUCCUGGAAGACGGGUGGCGGCAACGGCGGUGCAGGAGGAGGAGGAGGAGCAGGCGGCAGCCUGUCCGCCAUCGUCUGUCCGCAGAACUUUAGCGUCAGUCAUGUGAAUCCGGAGGAGUGCCUGCCCCAAUGCCAGCGGGACGCGUACCACACCACGCAGCAGAAGAAGCUGACGGAGAGCCUCAUCCUGGGCCUAUCCGCCGUCUGCUUUGUCCUCACGCUCUUCGCUUUGGUCACCUUCUGGGCGGAGCCAACGCGCUUCGGCUACCCGGAGCGCCCCGUGCUCUUCCUCUGCCUGUGCUACAAUCUGUUCAGCGUGUGCUACCUGGAGCGCAUUGUGUUCCACAACCAGGCCCGGAGUCUGGCCCAGCUGCAGGAGUCGCAGGGGCUGCGGCUGCGCCCCGUCUGCCAGCUGACGCCGCCCUGCCUGGCCUCGUACAUCACCACCUCGUACCUGAGCUUGUGCGCCGCCAGCUGGUGGCUGAUCUUCGCCCUCUGCUUCUACCUCUCCUCCCACAAGAAGUGGUCCAGCGAGGCCCUGGAGAAGCGCUCCGGCCUGUUCCAUGUGCUGGCCUGGGUGCCGCCCCUGGUGCCGCCCAUCGCAGCCCUGCUGCUGGAGCGUGUCCGCCCCAGCGAGCUGACGGGCAUGUGCUCGGCCCCCGGAUUCGUGGAGCUGCCCGCCCUGGUGCUGCUGCUCCUUGGGCUUUACUUUACGCUGCGCGCCUCCCGCUCCCUGCACUCCCUGCAGCAGCAGCUCCAGCCCACGCUGGCCCACCACCGCUUCGGCCAGAUCCGGAAACGGUUCGUCAUCUUCUCGCUGCUCUUCUUCGUGCCAACGGCGGCGGGCGUGGUGGCUGCCCUCUGCGAGCGCUUCGGCGAUCCCGUGCCCAGCUGCUCGACACCCGAGGAUUGCGCCUCGCCGGAGCCACUCGCCGCCUGGCCGGCACUCGUGCGAAUCUUCUUCCAGCUGGCCGGCGGCACACUCACCGGCAUGUGGGUGUGGUCCCGCAAGACCUGCGAGAGCUAUCGCAGCCGACUGGUGGCCGGCGGCACGCCCACCUCCUCCCUGAUGGCCCAGAGCAAGUCCGGCGCUGGGGUGAAUGGCAAUGCCCAAGCCAAUGCCAUGGCUGGAGGCGGAUAUGCGCUGCCCAAGAAGCAUCUCUACACCAGCGGCAAAUCGAUGCUGGCCAGCGGAGGUUUCGUUGGUGGAGGGGCUGGCGGUGGCGGUGGCGGGGGCGGUGCCACGGCCCCGCUCUAUGCGGGCAUCAGUUUCCACAAUGUUCCCGUCUACAAUCCCAAUCAGUCGCUUGUCUAAGCAGUGAAGAAGUGGUCCAAAAGGCUUCAAGCCAUACGAGUUUCGAGUUCGAGAACGCAUCUCCCCUCUACCCUCUACCCACUCCGCUCUCCUAGCCUUUAAAUAUAUUAUAUAAUAAUCCGAAAAAAAUUAUCAAUUGAAAUGUGUUAAUAGUUUUUAAGAGCCAAAAGCUUCCUCAAUCCCCCCCUCUCCACACCAACAAUUUUGAAUAGUUUUUAAGUU